AUGCCGCUUCGGACCUCUCACUCCAGGGCCAAGGCGGAGGCGGCCGUGACGGCGGCGCAGAAAGCUCAGGAGGAAGCGCGGAUCGCCAGGAUCACUGCCAAAGAGUUCUCGCCUUCCUUCCAGCACAGGGAGAACGGGCUCGAAUGCCAGCGGCCGAAGCGGCAGAACUCGAGCGACGACAUCGAGGUCCUCUCCACCGGGACCCCCCUGCAGCAAGAGAGCCCCGAGCUGUACCGCAAAGGGACCACCCCGUCCGACCUGACCCCCGACGACAGCCCGCUGCAGAGCUUCCCCGCCAGCCCCUGCUCCACGCCGCCCCUCGGCCCCUCCUGCAGGAACAAGAGCGCCCACUUCUCCAGGCAGGUCUCGGUGGACGAAGAGAGGGGCGGCGAGAUCCAGAUGUUGCUGGAGGGGCGUGGCGGGGAUUACCUGCGCCCCAACAGCUGGAGCGAAGAGAAGGUGAGCGGGAGCCGCGCCGGGAGGAGCGGGACGAUGCGCGGGGGGCAGCUGGGCUCCACCGCCGUCCCCGAAGACUACCGAGGUCGGAGCGGGGGACACAAACAUUCGGCCUCCAACCACAAGCCGAGAGAGAGGUGGACAGAUUCCCCAGCCACGGUUUCAUGGACUUCCCACCACAGGUCCCACAACCACAGCUCAGGGAGCUCCAAGCUGCUCGAGCUGGACGAGGAGAAGAUGAGCAAUUACGAGAUGGAGAUGAAGCCCCUCAUGAGGAUGGAUUCUUAUAUGCAAGAGAUUCACACCCAAAAAAGACACUACAGCAAAGGGGGAGGCUGCAGGAGCGGGGCUGACGAGCACCGCGGGGAAGAGCGGGGCUUCGGGGUUCAGAGACUGAGGUCUAAGUCCCAGAACAAAGAGAAUUUCAGGCCAGCUUCCUCUGCCGAGCCCACGGUGCAGAAACUGGAAAACCUGAGAUUCGGGGACAAAGCUGAACCUCGGCUACUGAGGUGGGACUUAACCUUCUCCCCGCCACAGAAAUCUUUACCUGUUGCACUAGAAUCUGAAGAGGACAGUGGGGAUGCGCUCAAAUCCAGUACGGGUUCAGCUCCCAUCCUGGUAGUCAUGGUGAUCUUACUAAAUAUCGGAGUCGCCAUUUUGUUUAUUAACUUUUUCAUCUAAUUCAAGACUGUCUCGUUUGCAAAAAUAACAGUUACAUGUAUGAAUGGGGGAAAAAAAAACAAACAAACAACAACAAAACAAAACAAACCAGAACCAAACAACAACAACAACAACAAAAAAGGGAAAAAUCGUAACUCGAACUGUCCUCUGACAAUUUCCAAGUCUUUUCACAGAAGAACAACAAACGAUCGAGUCUCACUCACAGUUUGCCUUUUUUUCCUGGGUAAUGUUUUUUGGAUUUUAGCCAAAAUUCUUUGCUUGUAUAACACUAUGCUGUGUGGCAUGGCAAAAUGCUAUCAACACUCUGCCCCCAAACCCCCCCAACACUGGGAAGGAUGAGAAGGAAUCCCAACAAAAGAAAAAAAACCUCGUUUCCCUUCCCUUCACCCCCCCCAAAAAAUUGUCUUUGUAACAACAGCAAUGAACCCUGAAAUGGAGAUGAGAUGAGGGGACCAUGGGGAGAGUUUGGGUGGAGUGGGAACGGGUUCUGGGAUGCUCCAGGCUGAGUUUCCCAGGGAAAUCCACAACAGCUUUAAUGAUAAAUGGGAGAGAAAAGCGAGAUCAGGCUUUUCACCCUUUGGAAAUGGAGGAAUGCUGCUGUGACAAGGAGGAGAGAAGGAGCACAGGGAAGGAAUGAACCCCAUCUGGAUGGGAAAACGGGAGAACAGUUCUGAUCCUUGCUUUUCAAACAAAAAUUGGCCUUCUGCAGAAUUCCUCGGGGCAGGGGGGAAAAGGGAACACGAGGUGUGAGCAGCAGCCCCAGCACCCUCCUGCCUUCACUCCUCCUCCCCAGGCUGCUCCUCACCCAUGGCAAGGCUGCAAAACCACCCCAGAGGUACUUUCAAUUCACAGCCAAGUUCUCCUGGCUAAAAAUUCCUCCCCCCCAAAAAGAAAAAAACCCCUUGGAGGCACCUCCAGCAGCACGGAUGGAGCAGCUGAUGGUGCUGUGCUGGUGAGGAGCAUCCAGCCCAUCCCAAAAAAAAAAACCGUGGGGAGGGACAGGGGACAGAGGGCUCAGUUCCAAUCCGCUGGGGAUGGACAAUAAAACCAAACCGAGCAAAAAAUGCAACAGUUUCUCAAAGGCACCUGGGGAGGAGCACCUGGAGCAUGUCCCAGAGAGGAGGGAGAGGGUGGUGGGUUUGUCUCUUACAUCUUGCUGUGGACUGUUUCAAGACAUCAUGCUUGGGCUCUGAGCAUGUAGUAUUUUGCACUUUGUAAUGCAGGAUGUAUAUUCCAGCUUCCAACAUGUCCC